UUUUGAGUUUGGUGUCGUCCCACUUGUCUAUUUUUGCUUUUUCGCCUGUGCUUUGGCUUCAUAUCCAAAAAAUCAUUGCCAAGACCCAUGUCAAACAGCAUUUCCCCUGUUUUCCUCUAGGAGUUUUACAGCUUCAGGCCUUACGUUUACGUCUUCUGUGGGGGUGUCCACUGGUCAAACAGGGCCACUGUCUCCUGGGAAGGGAACUUCAGGGAGUCAGGCCUUGAGGCAGCAGCCAGGGGAACUGGUAGUGGGACCCAGCUGAACGAGGGGCAUGGGUGUCCACCUGGCCCCUCCUGUCACCUCCAGUCACAGCACAGCCCCCACCGUCCCACCACCCAGUCAGGCCCAGCAUGAUUGAACAAACCAUAUCGAGAAUAAAUGCUAUGGGAGCCCAAAGAAAUCAGGGAUGGCUUCCCCAAGGAGGUGACCUGGGUGGGAGUCUCCAAGGACAGAUACGAAAGGGCAAAAACGCUCUUUCUUUAGGAAAGUGUGGGGUAGGGCACAUUCCAGGAGGAAAGCACUGCACAAAGCCUCAAACCUGGCUGCAGCCUAGGAACCCCAGGGAGUUGGGCAGGGACAGAGAGAAGGAGCCUGAGAGGCCAGGGAGCUGCCCCUUCCUCAUUGAGUCCGGCCCUUCCUCAUUGCAGGCGAAUAGCAGGAGGGGGAACGCCCUGUGCAAAGGCUUGGUGGUGGGAGCCACGUGGCGCCCUCAGGCAGUCACUGCUCCCAGGGGUAGUGCCUGCAGCCCCAGGUCUAAGACGGUGGGAUGCCAGGCAUCCCUUUCUGCGGGUCUCUGGCUGGAGGGAGGGCGCAGCGGGGAGGGCGCGUGGGCUGGGUGGCACGUGUGCCUCUCACAGGCCCCCGGUCCAGGCCGUGCCCUCCCGCCGCGCGAGUCCUGCCUGGGCCCGCAGCGCCAUCUGCCGGCCGCACGGGAGGCCGGGUCGCGGAGCCGGCGGCGGGGAGGCGGCGGGUGCCACUGGUCCAGGGGACUCGUCCUCACGCUAGACUUGAAUCUAGACACCUGAGUUUGAUACUCAUUUCCACCACUGAUUGCUGUGCGACCAGUCACUGGCUCCUGGCCCUCUCUGAGCUCCGCCCCAAUCCCGGGGUAGUGAGCAGGGAGAGGCCCAGGCCGGGAGAGGAGAAAGCGGCCACGCUGACCCUCGGUCCUGCUCCGGUAUUGCAGAUGGAGAGGAGUGCACCGUGAGGUACGGCGAGGUUCCCGGGCACGCGGUCAGCAGAGAGGGGGCUGGAUUUGAUUCAGGACAGCCUGCCCAGCCCCACAGGCUGAGCUCCCAGGCUGUCCCCGCUCCUGGUUCCUUCCACUGGAGAGGAUCCCAGAGGAGUCAAGCAUCAGCACCCAGAGGGGAGCCCAGCACAUCGCAGGUGUUCAGACUCGGGCCCAGAGGGGAAGUCACAGCUCCAGCCCCGGGACCUGUCACCUGCACAGGGACCUGGACUUAGCAAACAAAUAGCCCAGGCCAGAGCAUCCAUGGGUCUCCCAGGAGACAACUGAGGCCCAGAGAAGGAAGGGGAAGGGCCGGGACCCCUUGAGGACACACGUCUGAGCACGCACACACAAACAGAGGCACACACGCACGCCUGCUGUCCCCACAACACAGACCCUAGAAAGGAUGCUGUGGACACUGGAACCAUUGUGACCUCAGGGGUGAGGUCAGGCCUGCCAGGGCGGGGGAGGGUCAGUGCCAGAGACAGGGCCAGCCCACAGGCGUGAGGCCAGAGCUAGUGGUGGGUUCCUGUGGGUCUGCACUGCACCCCAACCAGAACAAUGGACGGGCAGUGUUCUGAAAGGCCACAUAGCCACACCCCGACGGGUAGAAUGUCGUCAGCCGUGUCCCAAAACUCCAGAAUCUCCCUCCCUGUCUCCACAUCCACGAAGGACUCAUCUUGCAUGAAGGCACCCCAGGACUCUGCCUGCAGGGACAGAUGGUCACACCCCACCACCAUCCUGCUUCACAAGUCGCAGAGCAACCAGGCCGCACUGAUGCCACAGGAGCACGGGAUGUUCAUGGCGGAGGUCUACAGUGCAGCUACCUGCCUCAAGAUGCUGCAGGACAUGAAUAGUGCCGACCUCUUCCACUUGAAGUACAUCAUCAAGAAGAUCAAGAACAUGGCUCGUGGUUCCCCCAAGCUGGUGAUGGAAACCAUCCACGACUACUUCAUAGACAACCCGGAGAUCUCCAGCAGGCACAAGUUCCGGCUGUUCCAGACCCUGGAGAUGGUCAUCAGGGCCAGUGACGUCCUGGAGGAGACCUGGGAGAAAACCUUCAUGCAGCUCGCCCUGGAGAACAUGACCAAGGCCACGGAGCUGGAAGACAUAUACCAGGACGCGGCCAGCAACGUGCUGGUGGCCAUCUGCAGGCACUCGUGGCGGGCAGUGGCACAGCAUCUGGAGACGGAGCUCCUGACGGGCGUCUUCCCACACCGCAGCCUCCUCUAUGUGAUGGGCGUCCUGUCUUCCAGUGAGGAGCUCUUCAGCCAGGAAGACAAGGCCUGCUGGGAAGAGCAACUGAUCCAGAUGGCCAUCAAGUCAGUCCCGUUCCUGAGCAUGGAUGUGUGGUCCAAGGAGCUGCUGUGCACACUCACCACGCCCAGCUGGACCCAACAGGAGCAGUCCCCUGAGAAGGCCUUCCUGUUCACCUACUACGGGCUAACCCUUCAAGCUGAAAAAAACAGUGCCACAGUCAGGAGACACCUGCAAGCCCUCCUGGAAACAUCCCACCAGUGGCCCAAGCAGAGGGAGGGCAUGGCUCUGACUUUGGGGCUGGCGGCCACCCGCCACCUGGAUGACGUCUGGGCUGUCCUGGACCAUUUUGGCCGGAGCAGACCCAUCAGAUGGAGCCUCCACAGCUCCUCCCCGAAGAACUCGGAGGACCUGCACUGGAAAUGGGCCAGCAGCACCAUCCUCCUGGCAUACGGCCAGAUGGCGGCCAAAGCCCGGGCCCACAUCCUCCCGUGGGUGGACAACAUCGUGUCCAGGAUGGUCUUCUACUUCCACUACAGCUCGUGGGAUGAGACCCUGAAGCAGAGCUUCCUCACGGCCACCCUGAUGCUGAUGGGCGCGGUGAGCCGGAGUGAGGGCGCCCACAGCUACGAGUUCUCCCAGACCUCCGAGCUCCUCAAGUGUCUGAUGGUUUUGAUGGAGAAGGAGCCCCAGGACACUCUGUACACACGGAGUCGCCAGCAGACCAUGCACAUCGCGUCCAGCCUCUGCAAGCUGAGGCCUCCUAUAGACUUGGAAAGGAAAUCUCAGCUCCUGUCCACCUGCUUCCGCAGCGUGUUCGCCCUGCCGCUGCUGGAUGCCCUGGAGAAGCACACCUGCCUCUUUCUGGAGCCUUCCAACAUCCAGGUGUGGCCCAUGGCUCGGGAGUGGGCAGGCUGGAUGCACCAGGGCUGGGGAUCCGGGGCAGUUCUUCACUGCUCUGAGCACCUGCAGAGCCUGUACAGCAGGACCAUGGAGGCACUGGACCUCAUGCUGCAAAGCCUCAUCAUGCAGAACCCCACCACCGACGAGCUGCAUUUCCUGCUGUCGCACCUGUACAUCUGGCUAGCGUCGGAGAAGGCACAUGAGCGGCAGCGGGCUGUGCACAGCUGCGUGAUCCUCCUCAAAUUCCUGAAUCACAAAGGCAACUUGGACCCAAAGGAGAACUUCAAAAGGAUUGGGCAACUGGUGGGCAUACUGGGGAUGCUGUGCCAGGACCCAGACAGGGCCAUCCAGCACUGCAGCCUGGAAGGGGCGAGCCAUCUCUACCAGCUCUUGAUGUGCCACAAAGCAGGAGAAGCUUUGCAGGCAGAAUCACAGGCCCCUACGGAGCUCUCCCAGGCCCAUUCAGACGGAGCCCCACUCUGGAGCAGCAGAGACCAGAAGGUCACUCCCCUGGGCCCCCAGGAGAUGGUGAAGAACCGCAUCUUCCAGUUUGGCAACUCCCAAAUCAUCAAGGAGAUCAUGCAGCAGCUCACACUGGCAGAGUUGAAUGACCUCAUCUGGACGGCCAUCGACAGCCUGGGCUCCACCAGCCCCUUCCGCGUGCAGGCGGCCUCCGAGAUGCUGCUCACAGCGGUCCAGGAGCAUGGGGCCAAGCUGAAGAUCGUUUCCGGCAUGGCCCAGGCCAUCUGCCUCCGCCUGUGCUCUGUCCGCAUCCCACAAGCCAAGGAAAAGACCCUGCAUGCCAUCACCCUGCUAGCCCGGAGCCACACCCGCGAGCUGGUGACCACCUUCCUGGACAUCUCCAUCCCCUUGGACAGCCACACCUUCCAGCUGUGGAGGGCCCUGGGGGCCGAGCAGCCCAUGAGCCACCUGGUGUUGACCAUGCUGCUGGCCUGGCUGCAGGAGCGGCCUCUGCCCACCGGUGCCAGUGACAGCAGCCCCUGCCCCAAGGAGAAGACCUACCUGCGUUCACUGGCUGCCAUGAACAUGCUGCAUGAGCUGCAGUUCGCCCGGGAGUUCAAGCAGGCCGUGCAGGAGGCCUACCCCAAGCUCUUCCUGGCCCUCCUCACCCAGAUGCACUAUGUCUUGGAGCUGAACCUACCCUGGGAGCCCCAGCCCAAGCAGCAGGCCCAGGAGGUGGCUGCACCCAGCCCCCAAAGCUGCAGCACGUCACUGGAGGCACUGAAGAGCCUGCUGUCCACCACGGGGCACUGGCGUGACUUUGCCCACCUGGAGCUGCAGGGAUCCUGGGAGCUCUUCACCACCAUCCACACCUACCCGAAGGGCGUGGGCCUCCUUGCCAGGGCCAUGGUGCAGAAUCACUGCAGGCAGAUCACAGCGGUGCUGCGUCAGCUGCUGCCCAGCCUGCAGAGCCCAGAGGAGCGUGAGAGGAAGGUGGCCAUCCUCAUCCUCACCGAGUUCCUCUACAGCCCUGCCCUGCUGGAGGUGCUUCCCAAACAAGCCGCCUUGACCGUGCUGACACAAGGCCUCCGGGACCCCAGCCCCGAGGUCCGUGUGUUGAGUCUGCAGGGCCUAAGCAACAUCGUCUUCCACCCAGAUAAGGGAGGCCUGCUCCGGGGACAGCUGCGGCCCUUCCUCGACGGCUUCUUCCAGAGCAGCGAGCAGGUGAUCGUGUGCAUCAUGGACACCGUGUCAGAUAUGCUGCACCGACUGGGCGCGCAGGGCGCAGGGAGCCAGAGCCUCAGUGUUGCUAUCAGUGCACGAUCCUUCUUUAAUGAUGAGCGGGACAGGAUUCGGGCAGCAGCCAUGGCACUGUUCGGGGACCUGGUGGCGGCCAUGGCAGACAGGGAGCUGAGUGGCCUGCGGACCCAGAUGCACCAGAGCAUGGUGCCCCUGCUCCUCCACCUGAAGGAUCAAUGCCCAGCUGUCACCACGCAGGCCAAGUUCACCUUCUACCGCUGUGCUGUGCUUCUCCGCUGGCGGCUGCGGCACACCCUCUUCUGCACGCUGGCCUGGGAGAGGGGCCUCAGCGCCCGCCACUUCCUCUGGACCUGCCUGAUGACCCGCAGCCAGGAGGAAUUCAGCAUCCACUUGUCACAGGCCCUCAGCUACCUGCACAGCCACUCUUGCCACAUCAAGACCUGGGCGGCGCUCUUCAUAGGCCACACCAUCUGCUGCCACCCCCAGGCCGUGUUCCAGAUGCUGAACGCCGGGGACAUCAACCUGCUAUUGUGCACUUUUGAACAUCUCAAAAGCGACCCCGAGCCCAGCAUCCGGGAAUUUGCCACCAGCCAGCUCUCCUUCCUCCAGAAGGUGUCAGCCAGACCCAAGCAGUGACCUCCGGCCAUCCUCCCCAACUGCCUUCCCCCCGCUGUGCCCACCUGGUCAGCCCUGCCCCAUCUGCCCCCCCAGAGCUUGGUUGCGUAACGUUUUUCCAUUUGAAAGAAAGAUCUAGAUUCAACAAA